AUGGCUCAUUUUUUCGGGUCAAUUUUUUUAAUUAUUGUUUUUAUAGCGUUACUUCCUAUUCUAACGCAAGCUAAUAUACCAUUCAUCAAAUUCAACAACACUGGCAAUGCACCUAUGACACAAGCUGAUAUAAAAUUAAUCACCAAGACCUGCAGUACAACUACGGAUCCAGGAUACUGUCGUUCGAUUCUUAACCGCCUAUUGCAAAGGAAAGACGUGGAGAAAGAUCUUUACGGAUUUUUAUUUUUAACAUGCGAAUUCAGUUGGAAGACGGUACAAACCACAAGGCUUAAAUUGUAUGACCUCAUGCGAGAGGCUGGAGAAAAUCCUAUAGCAAGAAUGGUAGUUGAACUCUGCAAAAAUAAGUAUGAAGAAGCAGAAAACUCGUUUCGUGCAGCGGUGGGGCUAGCGAAAAAUCGCUACUCGAAAGAUGCUAUGGUGAACGUCAUGGAUGGGCAAAACAAAGUUAAUGACUGCGAUAGAGUUCAAAAUACCACUCUUUUGUUUAUUAGUCACCGAGAAAUCGUUAAAUUGGUUGAUAUUUCUAUUGCAGCUUCUAAGUUAAUCCCACAGAAAUAG